GACAAGCAUUCUGGACCUGUCUGGGGGGUCAAGUGGACCACUGGUGAUGACAAGUGCAUCUCCAUCUCUUCUGAUGGCUCGUUCCAUACAUGGAAUUCGUCAGAUGCGCAAGUGCUUCCUGGACCGGCUCCGGAGUCUCUAGCUUUGAUUUCCGUGUCGUGCCCCGGCGAGAACUAUGCACUGUGUAAUUCUAUUGUCGGUGUGACGCGUCUUGUCAAGCUAUCGUCUGGCGAAAUAUUGGGCAGAAAAUUUGACUACAAGGAUGGAUCGGAUUUUGGUCGGUUUGCCCCUUCUUCCUGGUCGGUGUCGCUGCAUCCUGACGAAUCAACGUACGCUGCAGUGGGGCAGCAGGGAGCUAUCAACAUAUACUCUGCCUUUCACGAUACGUUUGGAGAGCGGUUGACGUCGUUCACCCCGGGAAAGAAUAUAUUUGGAAUGUGUGUCUCUUAUAGUCCAAAUGGAAAGCGAAUAGCAAUGUCAAACAAGGAUGGCCAGAUCUUUGUUUCUGAUUCUAACACCGGAGAACUGAUCUCCAAUUAUGAUUCCCAUGCCGGUUGCGUUCGUACGCUGUCGUGGUCGAAAGAUUCUCAGGAGCUGCUUUCCGCUGCGGACGACAAGCGUUUAGUUCUGCAUGAUCUACGGGGACAUCGCGGUGGGAUCGUGACGACGUUUGAAGGCCCUCAGGGUCACAGGUCUUGGGUGCUGUCUGUGGAUCUCUCCUCGGAUGGCAAGCUAAUAGCAAGCGGCUCGUCGGAUAAGACGCUCAAGAUCUGGGACCUCGAGACACGCAGAUGUGUCUCGACCACCCAGGACACAGGGGAAGUCUGGUCUGUCAGUUGGCGGCCUGGCGGAGGACAGUUAAUAACUGGAGGAAACGACGGGCAUGUCCACUGGUGGAGAAGCGCAUCAUCCAGCUGA